ACAUGCUAUGCACAGUCAGCAGCAUUUAGCCUAGCUGACUGGACUAUACUACAAAAUCGAGAGUGCUCUUGCUGCGCUGACUUUUAAAAUGGCAAGCUCAAGUGAAGACAGUGUUCCUCUGGUAGCUGAAGCUGUUCCAAUGAACAGGGACCAAGACUCAACUGUACCACACGAGGAGAUUGACUCAGAAACUCAUCCCCUGGUAUCUCAAUCAAGACCAAGAUCAAAAUGCUACACUAUUAGCAAAGCAAUCGGUCGAUGGAUGUUCAAGAACCUUCUACUUAUUCUAACAAUCAUCUCUGUGGUUGCGGGUAUUAUCAUUGGUAUAGCUAUGAGAGAAGUCGAUAUCGAGAAAGGCUCAGAUCAGUAUUCACUGAUGGUUUCCCUACUUUCCUUCCCCGGAGAGAUGUUUCUACGCAUGCUCAAGAUGCUGAUACUACCGUUGAUUGUCUUUAGUUUGAUCGCAGGUCUAGGCUCGCUCGAAAGCAAAGUGGCCGGUUCUCUCGGCUGGAAGACUGUACUGUACUAUUUCUCCACGACAGUGUCGGCUAUAUGCCUGGGGCUGAUACUGGUGGUGACUAUACGGCCCGGGGGAAGGGUCGUUGUGUUUGAAUGCGACAACUCGACCCAUAGCUCGGGCCUGGAGACGGAGCUGGCCGACACCAUCCUCGACCUCAUUAGAAACAUGCUCCCGGAUAAUCUGUUUGCUGCCACCUUCAGUCAGGACCAGACCACGUAUACCCACGAGACUGUCACUAACUACUAUCGCUGUCUAGAGUCAAGCUUUAACAUGUCCUUCCUCAACGACACCAACUCGUGCUCGUCAAUCCGUGACUACGUAACUCUUUUCAAUAUUUCUUGCUCCAAUUUUACACAAACGGCUCGUCAUGCGGUCGUUACAAAGAGAGAUGGGAUGAACAUUCUCGGUAUCAUUGUAUUUACUGUGGCGUUUGCAAUAGUGCUGAGUCGGCAGCCUGGUGGAAGGAGGGUGGUGGAAGCCAUCUCAGUGCUCAACGAGGCUAUAAUGAAACUGGUCUCCCUCGUUAUGUGGUAUUCCCCCAUUGGAAUCGCGUCUAUAAUCGCUGGUAAAUUGGCUGAAGUCGAUGAUUUUGGUGUCCUAGUGGCGGAGGUGGGACUAUACGUUGUCACGGUGAUGUUAGGACUCCUGGUACACGGCUGUGUCGUACUGCCCCUCAUCUAUCUCAUCAUGACUCGGAAGAACCCUCUGAAAGUUAUCAAGGCGACAUUGCAAGCUCUUCUCACAGCAUUCGGGACCUCCUCCAGCUCUGCCACUCUGCCCGUGACCAUUCAGAAUCUUGAAGACAACUUUGGGGCUGAUCCUCGAGUGACACGGUUCAUGCUGCCAGUGGGAGCCACCAUUAAUAUGGACGGUACAGCUCUGUACGAGGCAGUGGCGGCCGUGUUCAUAGCUCAAGUGGAAGGACUGAACCUGACCUUUGAUAGAUACAUUGUUAUCAGUAUCACGGCUACCCUGGCUAGUGUGGGAGCAGCUGGAGUGCCUCAGGCCGGCUUAUUCACUCUGGUGAUUGUACUGGUGGCAGUGGGUCUGGACCCUGAGAAUGUGGCCCUCAUCCUAGCAGUCGAUUGGAUGCUUGAUCGUUUCCGAACCACGGUCAAUGUUUUGGGUGACUCUUUUGGAGUGGGUAUUGUUCAGCACUACUCCCGAAAUCAGCUUGCCAAAGACGCUCCUCUCACUGACAGCAGCACUACAACUACACCCUCUCACAAAAAUCCUAAUGGCACUACUGGCUAUGGCUCUGAUUCCCAAGAGGACUUGUUUCAAGACCAACCAUCCUCCCUCCCCGGUCCCCAGUGGUUGGGUAGUUCCAAUGAAACAUCCCCUCAAGUGUACCUCAGUGAAACUGUCAUACCAGAUCAGCCAUUGGACUUGAGCAAAGAUGAAACUACUGUGUGAUAACCGAUAUUGACUGGUGCUGCUUUAUAUCUAGUUGUUGCUGCUAUUUAUUUUUUAACUCUCUUUUUGAUGUGAUAAGGAUUUCAGUGAUAUUAGAUUGUGUUGACUGAUAAUAA